AUUUUGCAUAUGAUUGUGCGCAGCUACGGCGACGGGAAUGAACCGGUGGUGCUAUUUUUAGCCCAAGCCAAAGAAGGGUGGAGGAAGCGAGCCAGAAGUGAGUGAGUGAGUGAGUGAGUGAGAGAGAGAAAGAGAGAGAGGGAGUGCAGGGGAGUGUAUACGUAGGGAAGAAAGAGAAGGAGUGUGAGGAGGGGUGAAAAGCACUGUUUUUCCUCGUGGAGCAGCAGUUGAGUGCUGGGUUGUGGCAGGGAUCAGUGGCAGCUGUGAAGAAGAACAACGAGAGACGAGGAGGCAGAGGAGAAUCUUAGAGACCCCGAGGUACCAGAGACGUAGAGAAGUUAUGCGGCCCAGGUCUAGACUACUGGCAAAGCGCGGCCUGCCAACCAUCCGUGAGGGAUCGGAGGAGCUCGUGCAUGACCUGAACCAGACCAACAGCCAGCACAGCAGUGCACAGGACUACUUCCACUCCAUCUGCCAGUUGGCUCGGCCUACUUUCCCCUUGCACGAGCCAGACCGUGACAUCCUGUCCAUCGGCAAACUGGACUCUCCAAAGCCAUGUUUGCGCCCGCACCGUUUGCGCCAGCUUGCGCAACCCCUAACCUGCCCCAUUGACACCUCAACAAAUCAGUCACCCAAGCUGGAAUCACUGGGGCCUUCUUCCUCAGUGCCAGAGCAAGCCCAAGGCUCAGAGCAGGACUGCCCAACUUCCACCGACCCCCUGGAGUAUCUCUACGGCUACAGAGACGCAGAAGCUUCCUUUUCCUCCUCCGGAAGGGGCAGUAUUCCCCUUCGCAGGGCACGCAGCGUGCCUUGCCCUGGUCUUGACGUCCGGAACAAAACCACUUGCCCUGAUUUGCGUCUACCAGAGUCUGUUCCCUCUCCUGUUGUGCCACAGCGCUCGCCGCUCAGCAGAAAGAAGCUAGACGGCGGCAAGGUUGACGGAGCCCAUUGUGGAUGGAGGGCAAAAAGCAGUCGGAGCAUAGAUAAACAAACAAUCGUGUCGCACUGGAUCUCCGAGUGCCGGAGUGCAUGGAGGGAAGCCCGUAUCCGUGCCUGCAUGCUGCCCGCCAUCGCCGAGAAGUAACGCCUGUCUAUUUAACGCUAGCUCUAUCUCCAUUCGUUGUCAAACAUAUCGAACAUUUAUCAGUAUCACAGCUAGAAGAAUGAUGGGACUUUACAGUUUCAGGUUUAAAUACCUAACCAUUUUUAGGUGUAAACUAAGCAAAAGUGACCCUAUAGAUGGUGACGUGUUAAUGCCACACCACAGUGUAGAGUUACGCUAAAUGUCAGUGAUUAAACUGGUCAGUGUCAGUCCAGUCAUGUCCAGUUGUGAUCAAUAACUGUAUUGAUUGUUGGAAGACAUUAAAAUUGUUUGGUGAUUUGAAAAUGUAAAAAAAAAAAAAAUGACAAA